GGACAUCCCAUAAUAUCUUGAGCAUAAGCCGUAAACCUGGAAAUAGUGUUGCUGUCAAGGUAACGCGUCCAAGAGUAUUAAGUGUAUCUCUUCAGUUGUGAAAUAUUGUAAAGUCCAAAAGGGAAGUUGCGCGUUUUUUCCGGUGAUUUGAAUUGAAGGCAUGGAAGACGAGCUGCCCUCCAGAAAGUCGGAGGAGGGUGGUUCAUCUAAGCGGUCACAGAGGCAGCAGGAGCGCCAGGGGAAACUUCCUAGGAGACGCAAAGAAGUGAAGAGGUCUCUCCGGAGGCCAGACUGUCCAGAACACCUGUCGGGGGGAAGUGUACAUUGGUUCCCUGAGCAGCCCGGAUCAGAAGCCUCUGCAUCAGCAGAGGACACUGCUGAGGGUUGCCCAAAAAGAUGGGAUAGAUGCAGACGAGGGCAUUUUUUACAUGGACCAUAUCCUGCUACUCACUUUGGACCCAAAGCUUGCAUUCUUCCCAACCCAACCUCAGUCAUGCACAUUCAGGACCCAGCCAGCCAGCGGCUUACCUGGAGCAAACCUCCGCUCAAUGUCCUGGUCAUCAAAAAGAUUCGAGAUGAGACCCUUCUGGAGCCAUUCAAAGAGCUUUGCAGGUUCCUCUUGGAGGAGAAACAUCUGAUGGUUUACGUGGAGAAGAAAGUUGUAGACGAUGGCUCUCUUUUGAGGGAUGACUCCUUUUCCGCCAUUCGUAAUCAGCUGUGCACAUUCAGGGAAGGGUUUGAUGACAUCUCAGACUGCAUCGAUCUGAUUAUUUGUUUGGGUGGAGAUGGGACUCUUCUGUAUGCAUCAUCUCUCUUCCAGGGCAGUGUUCCCCCUGUCAUGGCCUUCCAUCUGGGCUCCUUAGGAUUCCUCACACCAUUCAAGUUUGAGUCUUUUAGAACAGAGGUGGAUAAAGUGUUUGAAGGUAAUGCUGCCAUUAUCCUACGCAGUCGCCUGAAGGUUAAGGUGGUGAAAGGCAUGUUCCAGAGGCACGAGCAGCUCCUCAGCGUUCAGGAGAAUGGAAUAGUGCCUCAUAAACACAUUAACAAUGAGGCAGGCAAAAUCACACUACAGUUACAGGUGCUAAAUGAGGUGGUGGUGGACAGAGGACCUUCAUCCUACCUGUCUAAUGUUGAUCUGUACCUAGAUGGACGUCUCAUCACAUCUGUACAGGGAGACGGUGUAAUAGUUUCCACCCCCACAGGCAGCACGGCCUAUGCUGCCGCGGCGGGAGCGUCCAUGAUCCACCCUAAUGUCCCUGCCAUCAUGGUCACCCCCAUCUGCCCUCACUCGCUUUCUUUUAGACCCAUCGUGGUGCCUGCAGGAGUGGAGCUCAUGAUAACGCUGUCGCCUGAUGCUCGUAACACAGCCUGGGUCUCGUUUGAUGGCAGAAAGAGGCAGGAAAUCCAGCACGGGGACAGCAUUAAGAUCACAACCUCUUGCUUUCCGGUCCCUUCUAUCUGUUGUCAUGACCUGGUGUACGACUGGUUUGACAGUCUGGCUCAGUGUCUCCACUGGAACGUCCGCAAGAAGCAAACACGUCUAACAGAUGCCAGCGACUCAUCAGAAACAGAGAACUGAGACAUCAAGUCACACACUCAUAUAACCUCACUGUCUGUUAAAUUCACAUUCCAUUCUGACUUCCUGAAAAGGGGUUAUUUUUACAUUACAUUUCACAUUUCUGUGUUCAUAGAUUUACAGAUUUCAUUAUACAUUGCAAUAAGAGCUCAUGCGCUACCUGAGAAAUAUUAAUAAUAAUAUUAUGAAUUCAUAUUAUUAUUAUUAUUAUUAUUAUUAUUAUUAUUAUUAAUUAUAUCAUUGUUAGAGGUUAGCCUGGAUUACUUGCAAUUUAAUGUCAACAAAACAUUUGACUAACUUUAAAUGUCAUAGUAUGACUGCGAAACAUUGUUAUGGAGGCAGUAUUUCUUAGAGAAUUGUUUUGACCGCUUCACAACAUGCUAAAUAACUGAUCUGAUUCAUCAUAGUAUAUUUUGUAUGUUUAUUAUUAUUAUUAUUACAAUAUAUUAAGAAAAACAUUAACAUUUAAUUUUUACUGUAGGUUAUGUAGAUUCAUCCAUUUCUAAAUAGUUUAAGUAACAGAAAUAAAAUCAUCCACCACAUUUUUGAACUUGAAAUGCACAUUAUCGCAGGAAAUGUGUAAGUUUUUUUUUUUUUUUGUGUGCGUUUGUGUUUAACUCUGUAGCUGUUAGCUAAAUUGACCACGAACUAUCUAUCUACGAACAGACAAAGCUUGGUUUUCUAUGUGGUUUGUCAGUGGUUCCUCAUUUAUAGUAAACCUUAUGGGAAGCCAUGCUUUGUCCGUUUAACAUGUUGGAAGUCAGUUUUGUGUGCUCUUAUAGACGACAUUGUACACUUUAACAACCAAGAUUGAAUGUGGUUUAUUCCCUGUAGCUCAAAAUGGUGUUUAAUUUUCAUUCAUACUGAUUAACUUGUGCAGAUCCUUUCUGAAUAUGAAUCCAAUAACUAAUGUUCUUUCAGGCUGAAUGGCUGUCAAACCGAAGUAGUUCUUGUCAAAGAACGUUGUAGCCUCCCUGUGGCGGCACAGGAUGUUGCAUUUUCAAAACCAUUUUCUAAAGCCAUUAUGUUUAGUUGAAUAUUUAAUAGACUUUAAUAGCUGUGAUCUUUUCAUUUACAGAUGCAUUGUAUGUUUAUAUAUUUAUGGCACUGCAAAGUCAUAUGUCAUUGCAUAAGAACUUAGUAUAGCUGAACGUAUGUAAGCUGUUUACGGUUUGAUGUAAAUAAGAGAUCCAAUGACCUGUCUCAUUUGUAAUAUUUCAAUAAACGUUUCUUUUUAUCUUG